AUGGACCAAAAACCGUUCAAAGUCGUUAUUGUAGGUGGCAGCAUUGCCGGGCUUUCGCUAGCCUUGAUGCUAGAGAGAAAUGGCAUCGAUUUUGUUGUCCUUGAAGCAUACGGCAGUAUUGCACCCCAGGUCGGAGCUAGUUUUGGCGUUUUGCCAAACGGCUUUCGCAUUCUCGAUCAGCUGGGCUGCUAUGAGUCGGUUCUAAAGAUGGCAGAAACACCCGUCGAAAAAUUCUUCUUCCGGGAUUCGCAAGGACAACCCUUCUGGGCAUUCGAGGACUUUAACGAGAAGUCAAUGGGAAGCCAUGGCUAUCCUGUCGUCUUCCUUGAUCGACGAAUGUUGAUACAAGUGCUCUAUGAAAAGAUCCAGGAUAAGUCCAAAGUGAUCACCUCUCAGCGGGUAGAGAGUAUUGAGAAUGGUACUUCGAGUGCCACAGUCACCACAACGACUGGCCAAGUAUACACCGGAAAUAUGAUGGUCGGAGCAGAUGGAAUCCAUUCCAAAGUGCGUCAAGAAAUGUGGAAAGCGGCCAAAAAGAUAGAUCCCACGUGGAUUGAUCCCGCAGAGGAAUCUGCACUGCCUGCAACUUACGCAUGUAUCUUCGGUAUUUCCAAAGGAGUGGAGGGAAUCGAGAAAGGUGUGCUGAACUCAGUGUUCAAUGAGCAUUACUCGUAUCUUAUUCCUAGCGGACCUGGAGAUCUCACCUACUGGUUUCUCGUGCGAAAUAUGGGAAAGACGUACUAUGGUGCAGACAUCCCUCGGUUCAGCAAGGAGGAGGAAGAGACACUGGCAAAAGAACAUUUCCAUGACCAGAUCACUCCUACACUUCAAUUUUCCGCUCUGUACAAGAGCAAAAUCGCCUCAGUAUACACCAGUCUGCCAGAAUAUGUCUAUAAAAAAUGGCAUUUCCAGAGAACUAUCACUAUCGGCGAUGCCAGUCACAAGUUUGAGCCUUUGACAGGCCAGGGAGGAAAUAAUGCAAUGGAGACCGCCGCAUCCCUAACGAAUCAUCUCGUUGCGGCCCUCAAAAAGUCCCAGUCAGGCACGCUGUCAUCGGCAGAAAUUUCCAAAAUCUUUGAGGGCGUUCAACAACAGCGUGAAAAUCGUGCCUGGACAUUGGUCAAAGCAUCCCACGCCCGGCAACGUCUGGAGUGCCUGGAAACACCAUUGCUAAAGUUCAUGGCGAGAUACGUGCUGCCACGGCUGCCCAAGUCCCUAAUCCUCGACAAAUGGAUCGACACGUAUGGCUCCGCAGUGUCCUUAGACAUGCUUCCGCUGCCGUACAGGCCUCGAGAAGCCCCGUAUUUUGACGAGCGCUUCAGAACACCGUCAUCUCGGGGCGUGGUAAGCAUCUUGUUGUACGCUGCGUACUUCCUCUUAACCUGGUUAGGCUACCGCCAAUUGUCGACAGCAAUCAGAGCGAAUGGAACAAUGGAGCUGGUCCGCCAGACAAUCAAGAGCAAGUCGAUUCUACUUCCAGGAGGAGUCGAAGCCCCCCUUCGCCAGGUUUACACCGGGCUCGGGCCUGUUGACCUCAUUUUGCAAGUCAUUGUGACAAUAUUCCUGCCAGCGGUCACCAAUUUCUCUACACCGGAGCAGCCAUUGCAAGUUAUGUACUUCCUGAGUUCAAUCUUGCCGAUUAUCGCUAUCUUGACGGUUGAAGGGUUCCGACCAAGGAACAAAUGGACCCUUCUUGCAACUCCGAGUAUAUGGGCAGUUCUGUAUCAGCUGCGAGGUAUUGGACUGAUUGCACCGCUCUAUUUCGUAUCGAGCACCUUUAUUUCCUCUGGCAUGUCAUACUUCAGCCCAAGUACCCGCACACUUCCUGAAUCCACUGCUCGAGCCAUAUUGCCUGCACUGGCACUGGGGUUCAUCGUGCCCACAAUCAUGUUGUUCUUCCCAUUGGCCGAUUCCCUGAACAUGCGACAAAUCUUCAUUGCGCUGUGGCAGCCCGCUCCGAUAUAUGUGGUUAUCUUGACUCAGAUAUUCUCCCGUGUCAUCAAAUCGAUCGGUUCAAGCACACCAGUCAAGACCGAUAGCUCUGCAGCGGAGGGCAAAUUUGACAGUGACAUCCCACACUUGCAAACCCUCUACGCUGUGGCUGGUGGCGUAUCUGCUUGUUUCCAUGUGGCAUUUUUGCUGAGCUGGGCGGCUUUGGGGACAAACUUUAUUACCAAGGUGUUCAUCCCAUCCGAUGCCUUUGCACAGGUGACGACACUUGCAGAUGGGGUUUUUGUGUUUUUCCAGAACGACUUCCUGCUUGUUGCAGCGGCAACUCUCCUCUGGUGCCUAGUUAGCGUAUGGGAUCUACACCGCAUUGGUGUCUCUAAUGUCUCCUGGCAGAUGGCACUGGCUGGUUUGAUUUUGGGUUCCAUGGCAAUUGGACCGGGUGCGACUGCGGCGGCGGUGUGGUAUUGGCGGGAGGAGGUUAUGAGUCGGACAUCUUUCCGCCGGCAUGGCCCGGUAUCUAGCUCAGUUGAGAGUACUUGA